AUGUCCAGUAGGCAAGGAUUUUCAAAUCUACCAAUCUGCAUGGCAAAAACACAAUACUCCUCACACAACGCUGCAGAGAAGGUAGCGCCGAGCGGAUUCAAGUUGCUGAUAAGGGACGUGAGGGCUAGCAUUGGUGCUGGCUUCAUUUACCCUUUGGUGGGAACCAUGAGUACAAUGCCAGGACUCCCUACAAGACCUUAUGCUUUAUACACUAUUUCUUUUUGA